AUGGGUAAUCCAAGAUGUACAACUCUAAUGCGCUAUAUGAACACAAUUGGUCAACUGGUUCGCGGUUAUCUAUCGGCGAGUGGUGGUCUGGUGACUUUCUUUGCUCCAUACAAUGAAGCAUUCGAACGUAUUCCCGAAAAUAUCGAACGACGUCUGCUGAGGAAUCGUAUUUGGCUGGAACAGGUUUUGAAGCUACACAUUGUACCGGCCAAAGAGUUGACCAGUAACGAAAUUACCAAUCAAACAAUUGUAAACUCGGUUGAUAAUCGAUUCCAGCUCUAUUUCAUCCGAGGCGAAUGGCCGAAAAAUAAUAUCACAUAUUACGUGAUUGGUGCCGGUAUUAAAGCAGCUCUAAUUCAAGAGAAUGUGGCAGGGACGAAUGGUAUCGUACAUUACAUUGAUCGAGUCCUUGGUGUACCCUAUCAAACACUCUGGGAACUGAUUCGGAACGAUACACAGCUACAGACAUCGUAUCAAAUGCUCACAAAUAUGCAAUUGCAAUAUACACUCGAUCCGUGGCAAGUUUUAACGCCUGAACAAAAUCUGACGUUCUUUGUGCCCACCGAUGAGGCAUGGCAGAAUGUGCCAUCAUCGUUGAGAUAUCGAAUGACUGACGGUAAUCACUGGUUAUCACUUCAAUACGUGCUCAAGAGACACAUCAUUCAAGGUCAAGCAUUGAUGUACACGGAUCUUCGAGAGCGAACAUACGUGAUGAUGAACGACGAAAUGGUUGUGGUACGCCGAAGAGGGCGAUGUUAG